AUGAUGAUAAAUUCAACUUUAUCUUACUUCAUUCUUAGCACUUAUAUACAUGUUGGAACUUUGAGGUACUUGUAUUUUAUGAUAACUGCAAUGUUGUACGUUGUUAUUGUUAUUGUCAACAUAUUUCUCAUUGUGGUUAUCUGUAGUAACAGAAGCUUACAUGAACCUAUGUACCUUUUCUUGUGCAGCCUGUUUGUAAAUGAACUGUAUGGUAGUACAGGGUUCUUUCCAUUCCUUCUGGUUCAGAUCCUCUCUGAUAUUCACACUGUUGCUGCUCCGCUCUGCUUCACACAGAUUUUCUGUUUGUAUACAUACGCACAUGUAGAGUAUCUAAACUUAGCCGUCAUGUCUUAUGACCGAUAUCUGGCCAUCUGUUAUCCUCUACAAUAUAACACACGUAUGACGUUUAACAAGGCGGUUAUCUUUAUUGUUGUGUUAUGGUUGUACUCUUUUGUGAAAUUCUUAAUCACUUUAUUCUUAAACAUCCGUUUGACAAUGUGUGGAAACGUCAUUAACAGUUUGUAUUGUCAUAACUACCUUGUUGUUAAGUUGGCGUGUUCUGACACUCAAGUGAAUAACUAUUAUGGACUUUUUGGUACUGUUCUCACCAUCUUAGUCCCUCUGCUCCCAAUCCUGUUCUCCUACAUGAGGAUCCUCAAAGUGUGUUUUUCUGGCUGUAAACAGACCAGACAGAAAGCUGUAAGUACCUGCACACCUCACCUCGCCUCUCUGCUCAACUUCUCCUUCGGUUGCUGCUUUGAAAUACUUCAGAGUAGGUUUGAUAUGAGCGGUGUACCCAGAGUGAUGCGGAUUAUUCUGUCGCUGUAUUUUCUCAUCAUACAGCCACUUCUGAACCCUUUCAUGUUUGGAUUGCAAAUGACAAAAAUACGGAAUACAUGUAAAUAUGUCCUCUGUUAUAAAAUGUUGGGCUGUCGCAGAGAUACUACGUAG